AUGAGUGUCUUCCAACUUCCUAUGAAAUUAUACGAUGAACUGGAUAGUUUAUGUGCCAAGUUUUGGUGGGGUCAAGUAGGCAAUGAAAGGAAAAUUCAUUGGAUGAAUUGGGAUAAGCUCCCAACUUCAAAGAUGGAGGGUGGUAUGGGGUUUAGAGAUUUGAGAGACUUUAAUUUAGCAAUGUUGGCUAAACAAGGGUGGAGAAUGCUUCAAGGCAAUGACUCAUUGUUAUACAAGUGCUUCAAAGCAAGGUAUUUCCCUCGGUCCUCUUUUCUUGAUGCUAAAGAAUCUCUUGGGUGUUCUUAUGUGUGGAGGAGUUUGGUGGCUGCAAUUCCCAUUCUUAGAUCGGGUUAUUGUUGGAGGGUGGGCAAUGGGUCUUCAAUAAGUGUUUUAGGGGAUAAAUGGAUUCCCAAUUACCCCAUAAAUAAAGUUCUUCAUCCAAAUAAUGAGCUGGUUGAUGAGAUGGCUAUAUCAGAAUUAAUUGAUUCGGAUUUGCAUGUAUGGAGAAGUGAUGUGCUCAUGGCUUUGUUCCAUAGAGAAGAUGUUGAAAUUACCAAGAUUCUGCUAAGCAGAAGGGUUGUUCCAAAUUCAAUUAGUUGGCUGCACAAUAAAAAUGGGAAGUUCACUAUAAAGUCUGCAUACAAGGUAGCAAGAAGAAUGAGAGGCAAUGGGAAUCGGGCUGAAUCUUCAGGGGGUUUGUAG